AUGUUCCUAUCAACGUACGAAGAUACCACGGCUAUGUGUGGGUACACAGCAGCCGAGAACAUCAUUCGUUUGAGAAACUGCUUGAAAGGAGAUGCGUUUAAUGCAGUUCGUAGUUUCUUAAUGCGACCAGAAACUGUAGGAAAAGCGAUCAGUGCAUUGACGUUGCGAUUCGGAAGACCGGAAACGAUUAUCGAGUAUUUGAAGGAGAAGAUUAUUGCGAUAUCACCCAUCAAAUCGGAUGCGAUGGAAAAGCUGGUUGACUACGCCUUGGAGGUGCAAAACCUUUGUGCCAUAAUACAAACUUGUGGCGGAAAGGAGCAUAUGUGUGAUACGACUCUGUUGGGGGAACUUGUCAAGAAGCUACCAUUGCGAAUUAAACUGGAUUGGGCGCGCAACAAAAGGACUAAAACGAAGGUGACACUGUUCACAUUCAGUCGUUGGAUAUACACCAUAGCAGAAGAUGUGAACGUGGUUUUCGAGCCUCAGUGUCGAUCUAGCAAGACUCAGGAGUCUCGAGAAAUCCGGAAAGAGCGACACGACAACACUCUCGCCGAAGUUCCUACCGAGGAUGGCAGAAAUAUGAACCAAUCCAUUCAUUAUACUCAAAGCAGUCCGCCGGGAGCCGAAGGAAAUAAACCCUGUCCAGCAUGCAGAGGGGAUUGCAAAUAUCUGGGGAAGUGCAAACGUUUCCUGGAGCUAUCAUACGAAGCAAGAUGGGCAACAUUUCGUGGAUUUAACUGCUGCCGCAAGUGUCUUAGGCAGCAUAGAGGUGGUUGCAAUUCUGGAGAGUGUGGAAAGCAUCACGUUCUGCUCCACAAAGAUUUGCCUGAAACAUCUGCAUCGACUAGUGUUUCUAAUCAGAACGAAGAACGCAAUGUUAAUACGCACCAGUCCACUACAGGGGUGCAGAUGAAGUGCCACCCACUCUUAGAUGACGGAUCAGAGUUGACACUCAUCGAUCAGCAACUUGCCGAAGAUCUGAAGCAGUCUGGGAAGGCUCAUCCAAUCUGUCUUAAGUGGACUGCAGGUACUCAUCGUUACGAAUCUGGUUCACACAGUGUCAACGUUGAAAGAAGCGGACAGGAAGGAAAGCGAACGUUACUACAAGAUGUAAGAACAGUCGAGGAAUUGCAGCUACCUUUCCAGUCGUUGGAUAUGGCUAAAGUAACGGAGAAACACGGCUGUCUGCGUGGAGUACUAGUGGAAUCUCAUUCCAAUGUUCGGCCGCGAAUACUAAUCGGUUUGAAGCACGCCAAUAUCAUGCUCGUUCGAAAAAGUCGCGAAGGCAGGAUGGGUGAAGGCUGUAAAAACGAACCUUGGUUGGACCGUAUACGCUGUAACCAACAAAGUGUUAUACAUCUAAACCAGAUGGUUAAAGAUUACUUUUCCCUUGAAAAUUCGGUGGUCAUACCGACGCAAUUUGAACGACUGUCGAAGGAGGACAAACUAGCCAUGUCUUUACUAGAAUCCCGCACACACUUCAAUGGAGAACGUUAUGUAACGGGGCUGCUGUGGCGUACUGAUAAAGUUCGAUUACCAGAUAACAAAACAAAUGCUAUUCGCCGUUGGAGAUGCUUGGAGAAACGCCUGGAGAAGGAUAAAGAGUUGUCGAAAAUAUUGGACGAAAAAAUCAAGGACUACCAACCCAAAAACUACGUCUGUAAACUUUCCACAGAGGAACUCUCACGAAAGCACGAACGGGUAUGGUAUCUGCCCUUUUUUGCGGUAUACAACCCAAACAAACCUGGCGAGAUCGUGGGGGAUGCUGCUGCAUCAGUAUAUGGACCAUCCCUAAAUUCGACACUCCUCACUGGUCCGGAUCAGUUAGCGUCGUUGGUGAGUAUCUUGUAUCAGCUUCGCGAGCAUCGAAUUGGUCUCUGUGCCGAUAUAUGCGAGAUGUUCCACCAGGUGGGGAUCAUCACCGAGGACCAGCAGUGUCAGCGAUUUCUUUGGCGCGAUAGUGAGGAACAUGGUGAACUAAGCACUUACGUCAUGCAGGUUAUGACCUUCGGGGCGAGCUGCUCCCUGGCUACAACGCAAUUUGUGAAGAACAAAAAUACCGAUAAGUUCGAAGCAGUGACGGUCAUUAAGGAAGGACACCUUUUGGAUGAUAUGGUCGCAAGCGUCGAAACAGAGCAGGAAGCAGUUGCGCUGGCUGAAUCAGUUCACUUUAUCCACAAGCAGGGUGGAUUCGAAAUUCGCAAUUGGGUUUCCAACUCACCGCUGGUAUUAGCCAGAAUGCACGAACAGCAAACAAGGGAAAAGGAUCUGAACAUAUGUGCUGAACUGUCGAACCAGAAAAUCUUCGGAAUGUAG